GGCUCGAAAAAAAAUACGGAACUGCUAGAUCUGAGCGUAUAGUUCAUCUCUCUUGCUCGGCCGCACGCCGCCGCGUGCCAUCCAAUGGAGGAGGUGCAGGCCGCCGUGACGGCGCACCUGGACCAGGUCUCCGGCCUCGUCCAGGCGCUCUCCUACGAGCUCCGCCGCGGGAUCGGCCCCGCCGCUGACAGCCUGCUCGCUUUCGUCCACGCCGUCGACUGGACGGAGCCAUGGCUGAUGUGCUUGAUGGCAUUCCAUGCGAGUCUGCUGCUGGCCGUUGUCCGGCUGAGGAGGAAUGCCAACCUACAGUUCUUCCUCUUGUUUCUUGCCUAUUCAGGAGUGUAUCUAGCUGAAAAGAUAAACAUCUACCUAGCAGAGCACUGGAAGAGCUUCGCCAGCAGGAAUUACUUUGACCGUUCCGGAGUUUUCAUUUCUAUUGUCUGGUCUGCCCCCCUUAUCUUCAUAUCUAUCGUCACUGUGGUUAGCUCUCUCAUUACAUUAUGUCAGUUGAUGGUGAAAUGGAAGAGAGCGGAACUAAGGCAUCGGGUUCGGCUUGCGCGCGACAAGCAGGAAUGACAAAGUCCUAUCCUGGUAGAUGUUGAUCGCCAUCAGUGUUUAGAUCUUGGAAGGAUGCCCAAGAAUCAAGUACCGUAAAUGCUUGAUCUGCUAUCAACCUAGCAUGUAAUCUUUAGCCGCUCUUUGUUGUUAGUGGUAUAUUUCUAAGAAAAUGUUGUAUCUGGCUCUAUCUUAUUUUGUUUGUAGUCACACUGUAUGACCAGGGGAUGUGAUUUUCUUUGAUACUGAAUAUGAUACAUUUGCAAAACCA